CUCACUUCGGUGUACUAAUAUCGGUCCUUUGUUACCUGCUACUGUUUUGGGCGACGUUACCGAUCACGACACAUUGGAAUGGGGUCGUUUAAAAGCUUGAUUUUGUUUGCGAUGGUGUGCGUCCAGUGGCAGAUGAUUGCAUCAAUGACGAAUUAUGAGUUCUACCAAGCCGUCAAACCCUACAUCGAUGAUGAAAACUUAAAGUACAGAGGCAUAGCCGUAGCCGACGAUGAUGACGUCAUAUAUCUUCCUGGAGGACCGAACGAUGAAUUUGACGUAGAAUACGUUCUUGGGAGAAUGGGACUUCUUGAGGAAAUCAGUGACGAAGCGAGCAGUAUCAACCCUCUACAACGCUUAGGGCUCAGCGCCAAUUGUGGAUGCCACGGGACUAGCUGCGAAUGUAGUCUGUCCCACACAUUUAGCUUCAGGGGUCACACGUUUACCCUCAAAGCCAGCAUGACUGCCACAUACAGCGGUAGAACAUUCACCUUGACUUUCGCACUUAACGACCAUAGAGUGUUCAGCCAUGCCGUUGAUUUGAACCAUAUCCCUGCUAUUUGUUACCCUGUACCCGGCCUGCCGGUAGCAAAGGUUUGCUUGCAACUGUAUGAUCUCGACAUUCGUCAGAGGAAAAUCUGUGCCAAAAUUGUUGGCAAACUGAACAUUCAGUCCAGUAUACUCCUGCUAAAUACCGUGAACUCCUAAAAAACAAGAACACGGAGAGCAAAAAAUAAAUCCCAGAUGAAGUUGAUGCACCAGUUCCUGAACAUGAGUUGAGAGAAGUCUGCAC